ACCCGUUUGGCAACACUGCGUGGCCAACAACAACAACAAGGCAGCAGCAGCAUGGCGGGGGUGGCGGCGGGCCGGGUGUGUCCUGGGCUCUCUAGGCUUGUGCAAGGUGUUUGCACAGAGGCAUGGGGGUGCCAGCAAGUGAGGGGAGUAUUCUUCCGGCCUAAACCCAUCUCUAAGGAGCCCAUUCGGUUGUUGCCCUACAUACCAACACAGGACCCAGACAUCAUCAGGAAGAUGCCCCAGGACUUCAGAUUUGUGUACCCAGAGUUCCUGCCAGACCCUUCACCAAUAUAUAGGAAUCGCAUGCGGGAGAGGCUGGAGCGGCAAGACAUGUUGAGUCGGAGGGCUGUUAUGCCCAUCCCGGAGUUUUAUGUUGGGUCCAUCAUGGCUGUGACUGUGGCAGACCCCAAUGCAUCUGGCAAAACCAACAGAUUUGUGGGUAUCUGCAUCCAGCGUGGUGGUGCGGGACUUCGGGCAUGGUUCAUUCUUCGCAAUGUGAUUGAUCACCAAGGUUUAGAGAUCAAGUAUGAGAUGUAUGCACCGCUGAUACAGAGCAUCGAGGUGUUGAGGCUGGAAAAGCGGCUGGAUGAAGAGUUGUUAUAUCUGAGGGAUGCACUCCCCAUCUACUCCACCUUCCCUCUGGAGAUGGAGCCAGAGGUUUUACAGGAAGGAGCACCAGUACCUGUUAACCCCAUCAAGGUUCAAUUGAAACCGAGACCAUGGCAUGAGCGAUGGGAAAGGAAAAACCUUCAGGGUGUUCAAGACUUAGGGCUCCCAGAAAGAUUUUAUCAGAAGGCAAAGCUUUUAGAGAAACCAUGGGAGAAGUUUGACCUAAUGAAGGAGUACAGAGCUACAAUUCCUGAGGAGGAGCAAGCAGACAUAUUCCGUGAGAUCUCCCCACAAUACCCAAUGAUGGAGACCACACGGCGUCGGACCAAGAGAAAGCGUGUUGUGCCAUCUCAGUCCUAAUGCUAGCAGGGAACCCCUUGUUUGAAUCCAAU